UGGGAAUUGCCCGACUUCUGUACCCGGCCCAUCAAUUGGACACAGUACCUUUCGCUUCCAUAUCACCAUUUUCACACAGAUCAAACACGAAGUCUAUACAGUAUACACUAGUCUUCAGUAACACGCCAAGCUAAGAGCGUUUCGAGUUUACAACCCUCCAUUUUUGCUUAAACCUUAGUUCCUCCAGGGGAAAAGGAGAGGAAGUUAUGGAGAUCCCAGUCCAGCAGAAGAAGCUUUCACUUGAUAUUAAGGGAAAUAAAACAGAUAUAGUCAUAUGUGCCUAUGAUGACCAUUUUCUGGUUAUAGCUACUCAAAUAGGAAGCAUGGGUACAAUAUUACAUGCCAGGUCAUAUUUGCUUUGGAAUUUCGCUUGCUCUGCCUAUUACUGUGCUGAGCAUGACUCUGGAGAUCUUAGAAGUUAUAGCUGCAUAUUCAAGUUCUUGAAGGAGGAAGGGGUGUCGAUCCAUCCAACCUUUAGUGUUUCUGUAUUACUGGGUAAACGCGAUGAGCCCAUGCUAGUUGCAUGCGCUAGGCAGAUUAUUGAACACAUAAGUAACGCAGGGUCUUCUAGGUCUUUGGUUUUAUCUCUAGGUCUACGCGACCACUCUCGGCCUACUUUGAAGGACAUUGUUUCGGCUGUCACUGAGAACUGCCUUUGGUGACCUGGACUGAGUCAAUUUUGGAUUCCUCAUAUUUGUUAUAGCCACAAUAGAGAAAGUUUACGAUUAUCUCAGGCUGUGUAAGAGCUUGUGCUUAUGCUUAUUCCACAUUGAUGUAUUAACGUUCUAUUAUUAGAAAAGCAUUUCUUGUGCACCUGAGAACUCUGUAAUCAUUGCAGUGUUUUGGCGCACAAGGAGAUAGUGGUCUAACCUCUC